AUGGAUGUAUCUAGAACUAAAUUUGCAGACGUGCUUACCUUCGGCUCCGGCAGCGGCGGCCUCGUCCCGCGCACCUCCUCUGACACGGCGGCCUUCGCGGGCGGGCGCAUCGACUGGAAGGAGACCCCCGAGGCGCACGUGUUCAAGGCCGACGUGCCGGGGCUGAGGAAGGAGGAGGUGAAGGUGGAGGUGGAGGACGGCAACGUGCUCUGGAUCAGCGGCGAGCAGAGCAAGGAGCAGGAGGAGAAGACGGACACCUGGCACCGCGUCGAGCGCAGCAGCGGCAGGUUCCGGCUCCCGGACGACGCCAGGGUGGAGCAGGUCAGGGCGUCCAUGGAGAACGGCGUGCUCACCGUCACCGUGCCCAAGAAGCCCGAGGUCAAGUCCAUCCAGAUCUGCUGCUCCGUCCAUGGGAAAUUAUUUCAUCGAGUCCGGCCGUGUGUGUAG